CAAUCAAGAUUGAAUUGAAUAUCGACUACGCUAAGGAAUCCAUAGUGUGACAUUAAUUGCGCGUAGCCCCUCGCGCGAUAUUUCUCACACGCCUCCCCGAAGCGAUCCAAACUACGCCGAGGGUAAUCGAAGAAAAGCUACCAACAGCGACUUCCUGUUUCUUUUCGUAACAAAAGGAUCCGCAUCUCGUCGAUUGACGCAGGCGAGGGCUGUGUCCGAUUUUCUUUCAGGUUUUUAGGGUUUGAUUGUUAUUCCCCAGUAUUGGAAUUAAACCAUUCUUCAAGUAAUUUAUCGACGAUGUUUCCGCGGCUUUUCGGGAAGCCCAAGCAAGAGACGAAUGCUCUUGCGACAUUAGACAAAUUGAACGAGACUCUUGAGAUGCUUGAGAAAAAAGAACAUGUUCUCUUGAAAAAGGCUUCUGCUGAAGUUGAAAAGGCCAAGGAGUUCACUAAAGCUAAAAAUAAAAGAGCUGCAAUACAAUGUUUGAAGCGGAAAAGGCUUUACGAACAGCAAGUUGAGCAGCUUGGCAAUUUCCAGCUGCGCAUUCACGAUCAGAUGAUAAUGCUUGAGGGAGCAAAAGCUACUACUGAAACAGUCGAUGCUUUGAGAACUGGUGCUGCUGCAAUGAAAGCUAUGCAGAAGGCAACUAAUAUUGAUGAUGUUGACAAGACAAUGGAUGAGAUCAAUGAGCAGACAGAGAAUAUGAAGCAAAUACAGGAGGCACUGUCAAUGCCAAUUGGUGCUGCAGCCGAUUUUGAUGAGGAUGAAUUGGAGGCAGAGCUUGAAGAGCUUGAAGGAGCUGAGCUCGAGGCAGACCUUCUGCGGCCUGCAACAACAGCUCCUGCUGCUCCUGCUCGAGUCCCAGCAGGAAGGCCACCGCCAGUUCAUGUUGACAACGAGGAUGACGAGCUUGCUGAAUUGCAGAGAGAGAUGGCACUUUAAGGAGUAACAAAAACUUGAGGGGACUGCAGAAAGAGUUGGCUAUGCUUUAUAAUCGAAGACCAUAGCACGAGAUGAUGUGCAUUUUGGAUUUGGCAUUUGCAGUAGUACAGAGUCAAUGAUGAUGUACAGAUGACAUUCGAGUAAGAAUCUGUAUUCAUUUACAUCGAGCAUAUGCACGCUAUAUUUCGACAUGUGUUAUAUCCGGAAUUUGGGAUCUGUCUUUCUUUACACUUGCAUUCACUGCUAAACAUAUAUAUAUAUAUAUAUAGUGUUUUUAUUUGUUA